AUGGGAGAUAUUGUGGAAGCAACCGGCAAGGUGAAAGAAGGAGGAGGGUCCUCUUCGAUUAAGUGUCCCAUGCUUAACCAAACAAAUUAUACAGUAUGGGUUAAGAGGAUGAGAAUCACAUUGAAAGUACAUGAGGUUUGGGAAGCAAUAGAGACAGAGACUGCGAGUGCUAAGAAAAACGACCUAGCACUAGCAUUGUUGUUUCAAUCCAAACCAGAAACGCUAAUCUUGCAAGUAGGAGAGCUUGAUAAAGCUAAGCAAGUAUGGGAAGCCAUUAAAGCAAGAUACGUGGGAGCAGAACGAGUAAAAGAAGCAAGACUACAGACGUUGAUGAACGAGUUUGAUAGACUAAAGAUGAAAGAGACCGAGAGUAUAGACGACUUUGGUGGAAAAUUAUCAGAACUCGCCUCCAAGUCAUCCGCGUUGGGAGUUAUCAUCGAGGAAGCCAAGCUGGUGAAAAAAUUUCUCUCAAGUUUACCUCGAAAGAAAUACAUACACAUUGUAGCUUCUCUCGAACAGGUGUUGGACCCUAACAAAAGAAACUUUGAAGACAUCACUGGACGUUUGAAGGCAUACGAAGAAAGAAUAUUAGAUGAAGAAGAUGGAGAAGAAGAUCAAACUAAAUUGAUGUACACAAAUAAUGAUGGACAAAGCGGCCAAACCAACCAAUCAAAUCGGUCAUAUUCUUCAGACAACUCAAACUACUACCAAGGAGAUUCAUCUAGAGGAAGAGGUAGAGGAGGCGGCAGACAUCCUUACAACAACAGAGGAAGGGGACGUGGCCGUUAUAAUGGAGGCCACUUUGUUGGCCACUUUGUUGUUUGUUGGCCACUUUGUUGCACAAUGUCCGAAACUUCUUCUCAAACUACAAGAGACUCAUGA